UAAUAUAUAUUUCUCCAUUUACUUCCGUUCCUCUCCCUCUAUUUCUUGUUUUCAAACCAAACCCACCAUUAGAAUCACAUUGAUUGAUACUCUCUGAUUCUGAACAGAGCAGUAACAAUAAUGAAGUGAGGACAACAAACAAGAAAAUAAUUGUCCUCUUCCCCUCUCCAUUCUGCUCCCAAUUCACACCUCACUGACACACACUCCAAUUUCCUCCAAUCCAAUCCAAUCCAACAAACCCUAAAACCCCAUUUCUCAACUGUCGGUGAUCCACUUCACCUCCAACAACCACCACCAAAACCCCUCAACAAUGUCAUCAACCACAAAGCCACCGCACUACGCCACAAGCGGCUUAGUAAUCGGCUACGCUCUCUGCUCAAGCUUGCUAGCCAUCAUCAACAAAUACGCCAUCACACAAUUCAACUACCCGGGCCUCUUAACCGCUCUACAGUACCUAACUUCCUCCCUCGGCGUUUACCUUCUCGGAAAACUAGGGUUUCUUCAUCACGAUCCUUUCAAUUUUCAGAUUGCCAAGAAAUUCUUCCCUGCCGCACUCGUUUUCUACCUCGCGAUCUUCACCAACACCAAUCUCCUACGUCACGCUAACGUUGAUACCUUCAUUGUUUUCAGAUCUCUUACUCCUCUUCUCGUUGCUCUUGCUGAUACGGCUUUUCGAGGUCAACCUUCGCCUUCGAAUCUCACGUUUUUCUCGCUUGUGGUGAUUCUCGCUGGUGCGGUUGGGUAUGUUUCCACUGAUUCGGGUUUUACUCUGACUGCUUAUUCUUGGGCUUUUGCUUAUUUGGUUACGAUUACUACUGAGAUGGUUUAUAUUAAGCAUAUGGUUAUGAGUCUUGGGUUGAAUACUUGGGGUUUUGUUCUUUAUAACAAUGUGUUAUCUCUAAUGCUUGCUCCUUUCUUUUGGUUUCUUACUGGAGAGAAUUUCGAGGUUGCGAAUGCAAUUACUGCUAGUACUGGGAGUUUGUUUGAGACGAAUGCGGUUCUUGCGGUUUCGUUGUCUUGUGUAUUUGGUUUGCUUAUUAGUUUCUUUGGAUUUGCGGCGAGGAAAGCGGUUUCGGCGACUGCUUUUACUGUUACUGGGGUUGUGAAUAAGUUUCUUACUGUGGCCAUUAAUGUGACGAUUUGGGAUAAGCAUGCUAGUCCGGCGGGUUUGGUUUGUUUGUUUUUUACUAUAAUUGGGGGAGUUCUUUAUCAGCAAUCGGUGACUGGGAAUGGUUCGCAACAACGGGAGGCUGUGGUGGUGAGUAAGCAGGGUGAUGUUGAGAGUAAUCUUGUUGGUGAUGGUGAUUUGGAAGAUGAGAGUGACGUAAAGGUUUGAUGCCCAAUGUGCUUUGUGUACAGCAAUCGAAUGCGACGCUCAUUUAAUGUGGCUACUUUUAGCAAUUUCCUUUCUCUUUAACACGGUAUAAGUUUUGGCAUUCAAUUGAGUACUUUGUUAGAAGAAUGACCCUGUCUUCAUUUUGUGGUCAGUGUGAUUUAGACAAAUUAACAAGUUCAAUUAGAAGAGUGUUGUUCAAAUUGUAGUUGACUUAGCAGAAUUAGUUUAAUUUCAUAUUCCACUUGUUUUCAUUCCUUUGACAGAAAAGACCUUGCCUAGAGACCUUGCCUGUUUAGUUUCUGUGCUUCUCAUCCCAUCAGCAGCCUUCUCUUCAAUAGCUGAUUAUGAAUUUUGACUGCAAAUUUUGUGGUAUUACAUUGUCCUGAUGUAGCACAGAUAGCUUUAUGUUUUUUUGCUUUUUCAAAAGAUGAAUAUUGGUUAAAGUAUUAGAUGUAUUGGUCGAGUCAUCGGCUCCAUCACUAAAUAUAUUUAUUCAACUAUUAUGUAUUGAUCGAA